CAGUCCGGAACCAGCGGGGUGAAGGUGAACCCGGUCCGUCUCUCUCUGCCCAUCGCUGGAAACACCCGCUCCCUGUCUCUUCCUCCUGCGCCGCACCGGGAUCACCCGCUUAUCCGUGAGCCAUGUCCGUUUUCAGCGAUGUCCCGCAGGCCCCGCCCGUAGCGGUCUUCAAGCUGACCGCCGACUUCAGGGAGGACAGCCACCCGCAGAAGGUGAAUCUGGGAGUCGGAGCUUACCGUACUGACGACUGCCAGCCCUGGGUGCUGCCGGUGGUGAAGAAGGUGGAGCGGCUGAUUGUGGAGGACGAAAGCCUGAACCACGAAUACCUGCCAAUCCUCGGCCUGCCGGAGUUCCGCUCUGCGUCCUCCAAGGUCGCCCUGGGAGACGACAGCGCCGCCAUCAAGGACAACAGGGUUGGAGGUGUCCAGGCUCUGGGGGGGACGGGAGCAUUGAGGAUCGGGGCAGAGUUUCUGCGACGGUGGUACAACGGCGUCAACAACACAGCCACACCUGUAUACGUCUCAGCACCCACCUGGGAAAACCACAAUGCUGUGUUUGCUGAUGCUGGCUUCAAAGAUAUCCGCCCCUACCACUACUGGGAUGCUGCUAAGAGGGGUCUGGACUUCACCGGAUUCCAGGAUGACCUGGAGAAAGCUCCAGAACACUCCAUCUUUGUCCUUCAUGCCUGUGCACACAACCCUACCGGCACCGACCCGACCCAGGAGGAGUGGAAGAAGAUCGCAGAGAUCAUGAAGAGGAGGAAUCUGUUUGUGUUCUUCGACUCCGCUUAUCAGGGUUUUGCCUCCGGCAGUCUGGAUAAAGACGCCUGGGCCAUCCGGUUCUUUGUCUCAGAGGGCUUCGAGCUCUUUGUAGCUCAGUCCUUCUCCAAAAACUUUGGCCUGUACAAUGAGAGAGUGGGGAACCUGACAGUGGUAGCCCAGGACAGCGAGAACCUGACCCGAAUCCUUUCCCAGAUGGAGAAGAUUGUCAGGACAACCUGGUCCAACCCACCUUCUCAGGGAGCACGCAUUGUCAGCAAGACCCUCAACUGCCCCGAGCUGUUUGCAGAAUGGAAGGCUAAUGUAAAGACCAUGGCAGACCGGGUCCUGCUGAUGAGGGAUCAGUUGAAGUCCAAGCUGCAAGCUCUGGGCACCCCAGGGACCUGGGACCACAUCACUCAGCAGAUUGGGAUGUUCAGCUUCACCGGCCUGAACCCCAAACAGGUGGAGUUCAUGAUCAAAGAGAAACACGUGUACCUGAUGGCCAGCGGUCGCAUCAACAUGUGCGGUCUGACCUCCAAGAACAUCGACUAUGUCGCUCAGUCCAUCCACGAUGCCGUCACCACAAUCCAGUAAAGGCUGCUCCUGUCCACCCGCUUCCCUCCUCCUGUAUGCCACAGGAAGUACCAUCAUGUCUGCCCCCCCCCCUCCCCCCCGUGCCCCGCCUCUGCUUAUCCUGUCCUCUGAUUGGUUAAACAGCUGCAGGGAUUUUGCAGUUGAACCAAUGGGAGGACAGGUGUGUUUCUGUUCUCAAAUGAAGGUAUAAACAUGUGGGAGGUGCAAUGCUUUUUGAAAGACUUGAAUGCACACAGCCAGGCCUCGCUGCUGGCAGAGCUCCAUAACCUGAUGUGUACAAGUUAAAAUGUCUUUUAUCCAGGUCCCAUCAUUUGUGAACUGACCAAUUUUAUCUCAACCAAAUCAUUUCUGGUUUUAAAAUUCACAUUUCAGAUUUUAGGAAAUGUUAGACGGGAGGAUUCUGAAUGAAAUUAUUAUGCUUCCUCAACUAUCGUAGUGUUGAACAAAAGGCAGUGCAGGUAAACUGAUGUAAAUAGAUGUAAUCACUAUUAGAGGUCCUACUAUUUCCAUGCGUACUGAUUUGCAGCUUCAUUUCAGGUCUUUGACAAAUCACUACAAUAGAUCAGGAUUACAACCAACAAUUAGCUGGUACCGUAAUCUGUGUCACACUGUAUGUUAUUGUUGAGUUUAUGACUACUAAAAGGCACAACUCAAGACAUUUGUUGUGUUAAAGCCUAACGAAGGGCAUUAAGAGUUCAACGGUUAUCUUCUCUGUCGUGACCAGGUAAUUGGUCACUCACUGGUGAUGUUUUAAGUGUUGCCUUGUCAAAUGUGUUGCAGCCUACAAGAUUAUAGAGCUAGUUUAGCCACCAAGCUAACAAAUUCACUCUGUGUGCCAUCAGUGAACAAAAAUCACCUCUCCUAUGUGUUAUUUUCUCACCCUACAGUGCCCUUAUUGUGUUACACAAAGCCUCUGUGAAGUCGGUUGCUGUAAGGAGCCUUUCUGAUCAGACCUCAGAGCCUGUUGUUUGCCACACUGCCCAUUCAGUGGUGUCGUUUGUAACGGUACACAACGAUACGUGUGCUCAUACUGAAAUAAAUUAUAAACCACA